UCAUUCCAUCGUUCCGUAUCGCACUAGAACAGUCGGAGUCCGCGAUCAAAUAAUAUUGAAUUUUUUUUUUUUAUAAUGUGCAAAAAGUAUUUUAAACCUGAAGAGAGUUUGUAAAAAUCAAUAAAUUGAAAUAGUAUUUUUUUUUUUUUUUUGUAACUUGUCAUUUUUAUAUUAGUCAUCGUUUAUCAGCAUUCUAUCGAAAAUGUUUCGAUUCACGUUGAACGUGAUGCUGCUGGUGUUGUUGGCCGAGUCCGCGUACCCGUCGAUGCACGACUCGAACUCGGUGGACGGCGAGGAGAACCCUUUCCUGGAGGCGGCCAAGUCGCUGCUGCAGGACUCUUUGGCCGGCGGUCAGGGAGGUCAGGGCGGUGGCUUGGGCCAAGGUCUGGGCACCGUGCUGCAGUCGUUCAUGCAGUCGGAAGGCGCCAAGUCGGGCCUGGGCUCGAUAGUGUCCGGGUUGGCGGCGGCCAAGGGUUCGGUGGAUCCUCAGGUCAUCGGUCAGCUGGUGACGAUGUUCGCAGGAAGCGCCUCUGACAAGUCGGCCGGGUCUUCCAACCACGACAGCGCACCUGGAAUCGACUGGAGUUCAAUGAUGGAUUUGGCCUCCGGUUUUAUGUCGGCCAGUUCCGGCGCCGGAGGACAGGGCUCGUCGCUGGAGGGAUUCAUGAAUGUUCUGCCGGUGUUAGUGAACGCUUUCAGCGGUGGCCACAAGCACUCGGACGACCCCGAGGUGGAGAACUAUGAAGAGCACGAGCGCCACGCCCGCGCCACUUCGUUCCUGCCACCGUUCCUGAGCAGCGCCUACGUGUACUGGGAGCACUUCAAGAACAGCGAGCUAGGCACCACCCUGUGGAAAAACAGCGGUUUGGGCAGUAUCCUGCAGCUGUUCAUCGACAGGGACGGUCACUUCCAAGUGGACAAGAUAUUCGAGUCCAUGGAAAACGCCACGUUCAGGCGCAGAUGGGUCAGGAGCUUGACCAGCUUCGUCGCCGAGUGGAUCAAACACGUUUCCGACCCGAGCACGCAGGCCAGGUAUUUGUCGACGACCCAGUUCAUCAUGAACGGUUUUUUGAAAUCGCAAGGUUAUUCCAAGGCGGCCCAAUUCGACCAGACGAGACCAGCGGAGUCGCUGAGUUUCCUCGCCGACGCCGUUUUCAAAAGGCAAUUCGGUCUCAAAGUCAACUCGGCCACCUACAUCAAACCGGCCAUUGCUUACCUACAGGACGUUUUUCGGUUGGGCCAGAGCAAAGGACUCAGCCUGCAGCACUUGACCUCCAAGGAAAUAGAAGACAAACUGUCAGAACUGUUGAACCACGAGAUCAUCGAUCCCGUGCUUAGGGUGUGGAGGAUGUACAGGUUCGCCUCGAAGAAAACCAGCUGCGACCGUUACCUAGUGUGCAGUAUCAACCGCAAAGGACAGUACCCGAACAGCAAGACGGGACUUAAGCCCGGCGUCACUAAACUGUCCAGCUUGAUCGCUUCAUGGUUCCUAUCCGGCCGAACGGGCACGCCGUUCUGGAAACUCUACAACGCCGCCACCGAAGACCACAACUGCGCGGUCAAGUAUCCGGCAGACUGUCAAGAGUUCCACGAAGAAGACUUGAGGGCCACGACGGAAUACUUCCACAACGAACUCUAAUGAAAAAUAAUUAUUCUCUUUUGCGGCGCCGCAUAUCCCGAAGGCUGUUUAAUCGAUUCCGGUUUUUAACGAUUUUUUUUUUUUUGUAUUUAUAAAUUUUAAUUAUAAACGGGGUGUACACUAGGUUACUCGGGUACUUAAACCUAGUUUAAGCCACCAAUGAUAAAUGACCCUAUAUAAUAUAUAUAUAUAUAUAUAUAUAUAUAUUUUAUAAAUAAUGAUUUUUUUUUUUUCAUAAUUACUAAAUUAUUUUUAGCGUUAGGUAACUAAUAUAAUACUUAAUUAUAGUUUAUAAUAUAAUGUUAGGUAUAUUAAGUAUAGUUAUAAGCUCGCGGCGUAUACUGUCUAACUAAAUUGAUGAUUUCAGUGUACUUACGCUUUUGUAUUACCAUAACGAUGAUUAUACAUAUCCCACAACAACACACGGUAGAGAUAAUAAGCCGUGUAACUCUUUACGGGACUGCAAUAUGUUCCAAAGGUAUUCUGUUGUCUUGUUGUUUGUACCUAUUAUUUUUUCGACAAUUCGACCAAACAUGUUGUGAAAUUGUAUGAUAAAAAUACGAUUUAAGUACCUUUUUUUGUAGAUUAUAAUAUUGCUUCAUACCUUAAAAUAUGUUAAGCUCCAUUGUCUAUACACAUAUUGCUAAAUAGUAAGUACAAUUGUUUUAUGCACUUUUAUAAUAAUAUAUGUAACUUUAAUUGUA